CUGUUGCUAUGGUUUUUCGUUUUUCGUCAUUCACCGGGACCUCGAAUUGUUUAUAGUCGUUAUCACCGUCGGCUUCUCCUCACCUCCACUUAUUUGUGCGACAACAACUACAACAACUACAACGACUGCGAUCAACCACAAUGCGCGACUUCAUCCUGGCCUCCGUGGCUACCACUUCACUUCUCUUCGCCAGACCGGCUCAAGCUGUUGCUGCGAAUCCUCUUCCUAAACCUGCGAACAUCACAUGGGGUGACUCGGGCUGCUUUUCUUUCGGCGCUGUAUCGCUGGAGGCGCCAGAUCACCUAGUUCUGAACGAGGCUUUCGACCGUGUCACCAGCACUAUCACCGAUCUGAACUGGAUUCCUGCCGCCACCGAAGCACCAGUUCGAGCGUUUGAGCCUUUUCCUACUGCGACUGGCUCGGGUGCGGAGAGGAGGUCGAGGAAGCGCACUACCGAUGACUAUGCUACUAACUGUACUGGCACCAUCACAACGGUCAAGAUUGAUAUCGCCAACCUGCAUGCUACACUCCAGCAUGGCGUGGACGAGUCGUACAGUCUGGAUAUUGCUUCCGGAUCUGAAGCUGUUGAGAUCUCUGCUCAGACAGUGUACGGUGCUCUUCAUGCGCUCACCACAAUGCAGCAAAUUGUCAUUAACAAUGGCAACGGAAAACUGAUCGUCGAGCAGCCAGUUACAAUUCAGGACGAGCCCCUCUACCCGGUCCGUGGCAUCAUGAUCGACACAGGCCGUAACUUUAUCUCGAAAAAGAAGAUCCUCGAGCAGAUCGACGGUAUGGCACUUUCUAAACUCAACGUGCUUCACUGGCAUCUGGUUGAUUCUCAAUCAUGGCCUCUUGAGAUUUCCGCCUAUCCCCAGAUGACCGAGGACGCAUACUCAUCCAACGAGGUCUACUCUCAUAGCACGCUCAAGCAAGUCAUCAGCUACGCGGCUGCUCGUGGUGUUCGCAUCAUUCCAGAGAUCGACAUGCCUGGUCACGCCAGUUCUGGUUGGAAACAAAUCGACGAAGACAUACUAACCUGCACCGACAGCUGGUGGUCCAACGACAACUGGGCGCAGCACACUGGUGUUGAACCUACCCCUGGUCAACUCGACAUCCUCAACAACAAGACUUACGAAGUCACUGGAAAGGUGUACAAGGAAAUGGCUGAUAUCUUCCCCGACAACUGGUUCCACAUCGGCGGCGACGAACUUUUCCUCAACUGCAACAACUUUAGCUCUCUCGCACGCGACUUCUUCGCCGCCGGAAACUCCAUGGGCGACCUGUACCAAUACUGGGUUGACCGCGCGAUCCCCAACUUCCGUGCCCAAGCCAACAAAACUUUCGUCAUGUGGGAAGAUGUCAAGCUCUCUGCCGCCGUAGCUGCCACAGGCGUUGUGCCCACAGACAUUGUCAUGCAAGCUUGGAACAACGGCAUCGCGCACAUCUCCAACCUGACAGCCCUCGGCUACCGCGUCAUCGUCUCAUCAUCCGAUUUCGUCUACCUCGACUGCGGCUACGGCGGCUGGGUCUCCAAUGACCCGCGUUACAACGUCAUGAUCAACCCCAACGCGACCGACGGCAGCGCAAACUUCAACUGGGGCGGUAACGGCGGUUCCUGGUGCAGUCCCUACAAGACAUGGCAGCGCGUCUACGACUACGACUUCACCUUCAACCUUACCGACACGCAGAAGUCGCUCGUACAGGGCGUCAUCGCGCCGCUGUGGUCCGAGCAAGUCGACGAUGUGGUAAUCAGCCAGAAGAUGUGGCCAAGAGCCGCUGCACUGGCGGAAUUGGUAUGGUCGGGCAAUCGCGAUGCAGAGGGCAACAAGAGGACGACCGAGAUGACGCAGAGGAUCCUUAAUUUCAGAGAGUAUCUUCUGGCCAAUGGCGUUAUGGCUAGUCCGCUCAUGCCCAAGUACUGCCUUCAACAUCCGCAUGAGUGUGAUUUGUAUCUGAAUCAGACGGCGCUGCAUGGACCUACUGUGUAAGGGGUGCGUAGUGUGAAGGUUUGCUUGACCUUGGGGAUUCGGAUGGAGUCAGGCGUUUCAAUAGCGUAUUCCUUUCUUUCUUCCUUUCUCCUCAUCAUAGGGUAUGGACAUGCAUGAGCGCCGGCUUGAGAGUCGAAUAGUGGAGGGGAUAAGUUAUGAUUUAAUCUCUCAUCUUCGUAUGCUCGAGGCAUAUACCCACCAUAGCUUUUUGAAACAAUAGCA